UAGUGAACUAUAAAUAUGGCGACAUCCGUGUGACACACGUGCGGAUAAACAUACGACGAUGGAUACGACUCAUAAAUUAAAGAAAAUACGUAAGCGGAAAUUGCAAAAUGAAGAUAAAACAUCGAAGAAAAAGGCAAAGAUUAACGGUUUCGUCGAGAAAGAAAUUAAACAAAAUAUAGCGGACAGAAACAUAGAUUUCGAGGAAAAUGACGCAAAGAAUAGUACUUGCAAUGCAAUGCAGAGCGAAUUUAACGGCGAAUACUUAAGAAAACUGCUAUCUACUCCUAAUUGUUCCUACGCUCUGAGAAAGUUUGUGACAAUCUGCAAUGAGAAUAAAGAGAGCAAUCUUACAGGAGAGUAUCUACUUGCCCAUGGCAGUGUUCUUGAAAUCGUGAAGCUAUUGGAUUCUUCUGAUAGAAAAAAUACUGAUAUCCUCACUAUCUUCUCUGCAAUGAAUAUUUUACUCAUGAAAAUCUUGGCUGACUAUCCUGAGCACCAAAACAAUGCAGUAGAAUCUUGUCGUUAUCUACUGAAUUCACACAUGUCCACCAUACAUUCCAUGCUCUCAAUUCAGAGCAAUGCCAAGCAACGCAAAGUGGUGUUGAAGUUGCUGGCAGCAGUAGUAUCCUUGGGUAGCAAUCUCUCAAGAGAAUUGCUUGCUCAUUUGUCGCUACAGCAGCAAGUACUAGAGAGUCUGGUACGACACAGCAAGUAUACAGAUUCUCAGAGCGUCAGAACAUGUUUCAUUUAUUUUGUCCUUGCUUUUCUUGUGGAGGGAAACACAUCUGUGAUCAAAAUGCUGUUGGACAAGAACAAUCUGCUCUCUUCUAUCUUUCCAGACCUCACAUAUGAUUCAAAAGACAUUAUUAACUUGGUCUUGACCACUGUGAGGACAUACGUGCUGGAGAACAUCAGCAUCAGUAAGACGAUAAAAAUUCACAUCUUUUCUUCAUCUGUUGUGUUAAAUCUGAUUUCUCUGUACAAUUGGAAAGGCCCGAAUAACCGGUCCAAGAAUGAAAAUCAUAUUCUUGAUAAGAGUGAAGAGUUUCUAGCAGAUAAGGAGGUCAUUAACAACGUGGUUCAUGAGUUUUUACUCACCCUGCUAACGUCACAUCGUUACGGAAUUAUUUUUCACGACCGAACACUGGGUGGUUCGCGAAAUAGGCAUAAUCACAUAGUGCAUAUAGUUCUGCAGAACUUGGAAAAGCCAUGGGAACACGAAAAGCCAUCAGAUCUGGUCGUUAAAAUAAUGAAAGCUUGCCCGGAUUUAAUUCGUUUACAAUACAGCAGCAUCGAACCGUUUCUUGAGCCGCGAGUGUCAUCCAAAUGGAUUUGUCUUCUCAGAUUUGUUAAGAAGGUAAUCGAAUCUGUCGAUCCAGUCCUUUGCAUCAAGACCUGCUCUAUGGAACUAACUACCAACAAUUUAAUAAACACUCUACUGUUCCUAACGGUUCCAAGUGCGAUUAUGAAAAGUACCAUCUUACCAGGAUUAGAUCACGACAGUCUCUUGGUUAGGCAUGAAGCUUUGACUCUUCUUUUAGCAAUAGUCCAUCAGAUAAGAGCUAUUUCUCUGGCCGCAAAGGAAUCUUAUAAGACUAUUGCAGUUCAAAGUCAAAUAACCGAUUUUGUUCUGAAAUCCGUUCCCAACUUAGAAGCAAUUUUACGAACGUGGAAGCGAGCUUUCGAAGCUGACGCCAAUGUGACAACUCCAGAAAACACAGAAAGCACUCAAAACCCAGAAUUGAUAGACCAUCUCAAUAUUAUCUUGAACAUUCUUCACUCAUAUAAGGACGUGUGUCCGGCAUUGUUGGAUGGUUCGACUGAUAUGCAACCAAGUGUUCUGUUGACGAAUUUGAACAACCUCGAAACUGACAAAGACGAAGCAGAAAUAAAUGCUAACAAGAUAAGAGGCAUGAAAGUCAAGGCGAUACAAUUCCUACUGUUUGUGGACGCUUCCAUUUUCGCGUCCGGAGAGAAGGUCUUCAAAGAAGCUCUUCUCUUUCUGAUAUCUCUCAUUCGUCGGAAAGCCAUACCAGAGAGUUAUGACACUGCUAAGUCGUUGCUAAACGCGACAGGUUUAUUCGAAGCUUGCGACGAUCAAGUAGAUAUUUGGAUCAAUGGCUUCUUAGUAAUAACUGAUCCUAAAGAGUACGAGGAAUUGACAAAGUGGUUUAUGUCUGUUCUCAAAAGUGCUGUCAGACAUACUGAUAAAUAUAUAAACAGUAUAACGCAAGCAGAAGGAGCCAUAAGUGAACGAAUGACUAAUUUUGACGUUAAAAAGGCAAAAGAUAUUAUUGAUGAACUAUUCAAUAAAGCUAAUGAAGCUUCUACAACAGAAUCUUUAACUGAGGAAUUUAAUCUGCGUACGAAAAAGAAUAAUACAAUUCACAGUGAUAUUAAUAAACUCAAUGAAGAAUAUCCAAGAAACAUCACUGAAUCCACAACUGAUGAGUACAUAACGCGGAUGAACGAGCAAGAGAUCAACCUUAAUGUUAAAAAGACGGGAAAAAUUAUCGACGAAUCAUUUGAUAAGAGAAGCAGCAAUGGAUCUCUUGAUAAUAAUGAUCACUAUAUUUGUGCUUUUUCUACAUCAGGCUUAAUUAAUGGGCAACUUGUUGAUCUUGACGUGGACAAAAUUAACAUAAAUAAUGAUUCGUCCGAUAAGUUUGACGAGGAAGAUUUUAGUUUCUGCAGAAUACAAACUUGCACGUCGGUGUCACCUCUUUUAUGUUGUGCGCUUCAAAAAGCGAACGAAAAAAGCCCCGUUUCAGCUUAUUUGUCUUACGUGAUGGUCCACAGUCUGCACCAUCAAGUUGUCCCGGAAUUAAUGAUACAUAUGACAACAGAUUUGUCCAAUUUGCCAGUCUACAAGUACCUUCAAAGUUGGUUGAGUAGUAGCAAACCAGUUUCUUUAAAAAACAAGCUGCCGUCUUUAAGAUUACUGCACAAAGUGAGUAACACGUUACUGGCAAAUACUGAAAUUGACAUAGCCGAAUUUUCUAAACUGUUCGAUGGCAGCCUUUCAUCAUGUUGCUUCAAAUAUGGUGACGAAGAGAUUACAAUUAAGCACUCUUUGUCUUUGUAUGAUAUUAGAGUUUUACUUAAGAUGACUACGUUUUAUUUGGCGCAAUUGACACAACGAGAUGUCAUGCAAUAUAAUCAGAAUGAAAAAUGCAAAUUCGUAUUUAUACUUUUAUUAAACAUUGCGCAAUUCAUGAAUCUAGAAAACCCGUCAGUACUUGAAGAAAGCGCAAUGCAUAUCUUCACUCAUCCUAUUCUGUUGCAUUACUUCACUCCAUUUUGUGGAGAAACACCGAAAAACUCAGUGAAAGGCAUGUUCACUGAAACUAUUAUGGAAAUCUGCAAAGUUGUUGUGCAGUUACGGAAGAAAUAUACCGACAGAAAAAUGUACACUCUUUUCUCGGCAUUUACAGACAAGUUCCUAGCGCAAUUGAGAAAUAUCAUUGAGAAAAAUCCUCUGGACUCUUGCAGCAAUAAUUACGAUAUUGUCAUUGAAUUGUUAAGAAUAUUGCCGUUGAGAGCACAAGACGUAGUAAAUUUACUGUUUGCCUUGAUGAAGUUAAAGGAAACUGCAUUUAUUUCGAGCGAUAAGCGAAAUUUAUCCGUGUUUGGGCAUAUUUUGCCAAUAUUGCUAGAUAUAUCAUGCAGCAAAGAAUCGAUAUUGUAUCGUGAUCAGUAUAACGUUUUGGACGACAAAUUUGUGGCGAAAUUGGGCUCGUGUCUAGUUUAUUUAAAAUCUAAAAAAAUUAAUCACGUGGAAAAAUGGGAACAAGCUUUAGCAACAUUCUUGUCUACCUUCUCAAGUAACAUUCGCAGCUUCAGCAAAUCCACUUUUGUGUGUUUGUUAGCAAAAGGUAUUACUACAUCCACAAUCCAACUAAUAACAACUUUAAUUACCAAAAAUACCAAUCUGAUCCCAUCACUAGUGGGAUACUUCCUUAAAGGAAAUAACCCGAAGCGAAUGAAACAAGGCGAUGUGAUAUUCCCGAUAUUGGGCAGUAAUUUGCAGUACAAAUGGAACGACAACUUUCUUCGUAGUCUUUACGAAAGCUACAGCAGCGAUAUUGCCGCAUAUUUAAUCGACCCGGGAAAUCCUGUCUGUUGGAUCGAAGAAAACAUUGCAGCAGUUGCCUAUCUGAUCGAGAAUACCUUCGAACUUACCUUAUGCGAAAAAACUUGCGACGAUAUUUCUCAGAGCGGUGAUAAACUGGACAUGGUAUCUGUCUGUUUCAUACAGUUGUUAGAAAGUUUGUAUAAGAGGUAUGAAAGUCUGAUAACAGUCAAAGAAACGCCUUUGAUGAAUCUAAUAAAAAUACUUUUGUAUAUAAUGACCACGACGCUGAAAAAGGAAUCAAAGAACGUAGAAAAACUUCAAGUUUUAUGUGAAAAACUAGAUAGUGCAGUAAUUUGUUUAAAGAAGUCCAAAUGUGAGUUCGUCUUCAGUUCGCUCAGCAAGAGCUAUUCAUGGCCACAGUUCACUCGAUUUUCCUUAAAGUUGAGUCUGAAGAAUGCUGAGAACGAUGAGAUUCGAUCAAGCAUAUUGAAAACUCUAAGUAGCCUCUGUGAUAUUGCGUAUAGAGAUAACGCUGAUGACGAAUACACAAAAACGUUGUUCGAGAUGGCGACAUCCCAUUCAGAGUUUGUUAAUAUCAUGCUUGGGUCAUCUAAUAUUAAAGGCAAUUUGGUCGACUUACUGAGAAUAUUGACUCGGAAAAAUUAUUCGAUAAUGACUGUUUCUCAUAUACCUGUUUAUCUCGCAGCCUAUAAUGCCACCCUCAGCCACACUGAUCAGUGUAUUUUGCAGAUCCUUCAACAUUAUGAAGCUCAAAGUAUAAAAAUUCAUCAAUAUUGGCCGUAUUUGUGGGGAAACACCGCAGCGAUACGUUACAGCAUAAAAGGAGAAACGGACACUGCUCUCUGGCGGCAACCAUCCACUUCUGAAGUAUUUAACUUAUUCGAUGGGGACAUGGUCAGCGAUACCAUAAAGAAUUAUCCCGUUCACAGAGCAUUAAAGAACGACAACUUAUAUGAAAACAGCAAUGUGUACGAUCCGGCAUUUUAUUUGCCUUUGCUAUGCUCCUUAUUGGCAGAGAACAACGUUGUCGCAUGCCACAAAAUAAACCAUAGUGGUGCAUUAGCAUUGGCGCUUGCUGCAUGCUGCAGUGAUUCGAGUGAUGUUCGAAUGGCAGCGUACACAACUAUCUCAAGAUACUAUUUUCACUUAGAAGCAUCCAGGUCUAAGGAGAAGUUGCUGUGGAUGCGAUUGAUCGACGCUUUACGAAAUGGUGUCGCAUCGUUAAAAUAUCCAUUAAAAGAUGUCCGUUUGAGUUGUUUGGUAACCACCUUUCUCGCCAGAACUGCGCUAGUUGCCAGUCAACCACUGCAUCCGCUUUACUCGCCACUGCAUACCUUCCUAAUGGCCAAACCUGCGUUGGAUCUCGAUACCAUACCCGAACUGUUGCAACUGCUACACAGUUCGCAUGUGGAGCACAAAGCGCAUCGGCAUUGGAUUUUGGAAAAUAUCCGAGACGGUAUCAAAGAAGAGGCCGACAUAGAUGUGGCGUUCAAAUGCGUAUUAUUUAAAAUGCUGCUAGACUUUCACACUUGCAUACUUUCGGAUACCAAGAGCAAGAAACUUAUCUUGGAAGUUAUUGUUUCUACCACGAAGAUUCCGAAAUCAUCCUUACUCCUCACGCGAGGAUAUAGUGUGUUACCAUGGCUGUACGGGAUUAUCAACAAUUCAAGCGUUUGUGAAACGGAAAGUAACACCAUUAUUAUCAUAAUCGAGAAUCUGUUGAAUAGUUUAAAUAGUUUAACGGAAGAUACUACUCAUUACAAGUAUCUGCUAUUUAGCAUCCUUUCGAAAUUAAAGAUGUAUUUUCCUAGAAACGCAACAAACGAGUUAAUCACUCGUUACACAAAUAUUCUACAACGAGUAACUGUAGCGAAAAAUAUAAAAGAAUUCCUGAGUAAACAGAGCUUCAACAAGGUUCACAAAAAGUGUUUUAAUAUAAUUAAUAAUAAUGAUAAAGAAUAAAUGUUAUUUUUUAACAUAUCAAAAUGUAAAUUAUCUAUUUAUUUACCUGUAUAUUUAACUACUGAGAAAAACUCAGUAACUAAAAACAUUCUUCGUAUAAAAUGAAAUAAUUGUAUCUUCAAUCUUCAGAGAUAUAUCAAGAAAAGAGAGAAUAAACACAUGUAUAUGGUGUUGCUGCAAAGUUU